AUGACCGGCCAGGUUCCUUGCUCAAGUUGGCUCCUUCUGCUUCUGCUGCUGUUCGGUCAAGGGAGAGCCAAGCCACUGGCUGAGAUCCAGAGCUUAUCAACAUUGUUGGAGGAAGACCUGGAGCCCCCCAUGGGUGCAGAGGAGAUGGACCGGGGCCAGGAGGAGUCCCUGAUGACCGGAGCCCUAGACCAACCAGACGUGGUCUUCCCGUGGGCCAGGAGCCUGGAGGAACACCCGGCUGACUUCCAGCAGCUUUUGAAAGAGCUCCUCACCUCCGCCAGGAGGUACCAGGCCAGGAACAAGAAAGGCCCUUCGCGCGGUUGCUUCGGGGCCAAGCUGGACCGUAUCGGAGCCUUCAGCGGCCUGAGCUGCUGA